AUGUCUGAAGAAUUACCUGAUAUUUUAUCUUUCAAAAGAACUGGCCGAUCUACUGCUAUAGUCUUUGAUGAUCUUGCCAGUGAACUUCUGGCAACUCAACUAAAAAUCGUUCCUUUCUUUAGAACAUUAGAUAGUAUAAAACGAAUUCUUAAAGAUAUGUAUGAUGAUUAUGAGCCUCUAGCAAAAAAAGUUUAUGAAGUGAUAAAAAAACAUUUUAUGAUUAUUGAUAUCCGAAAACCAUUUGAUAACCCCUUAUCAAUUAGAUUUAGAUGA